GCUGGCCCUCAUCCAGACUUGGAGUUAGCAUCAAGAGGAGAAGUUACUUAUUCUGCAGGGCUAAACCACUGGUAAAAGGCAUUGUGUGGAAACGCCGUAGGAAAUUAUAUUUAUAUCAUAAUUUAUUAUUUAUAUAAUAAUUUACUAAGUACCAGAAGCUGCUACGCCUGCUACUUCCUGCUCGAAGUUGGAAAAUGAUUGUUCCCUGCGUUGUUCUGUUUUCUUUCUUGGCUAUCAGCCAAGCAGUUAAUCCUUGCUGUUCAAAUCCAUGCCAAAACAGAGGAGUGUGCAUGACAACAGGAUUUGACCGAUAUGAAUGUGACUGCACACGGACUGGUUAUUAUGGGGAAAACUGCACUACACCGGAAUUUUUUACUUGGCUGAGAGUGACACUGAAACCUGCUCCAACCACAGUCCACUACAUACUCACUCACUUCAAAGGAGUCUGGGAUGUAAUCAACAACAUCCCUUUUCUCCACAGUACCAUCAUGAGAUACGUACUGAUGUCAAGGUCCCAUUUAAUAGAGAGCCCGCCAACGUAUAAUGGCCAUUAUGGUUACAAAAGCUGGGAAGCCUAUUCAAACCUUUCCUACUAUACCAGAGCUCUUCCGCCAGUAGACCACAACUGCCCCACCCCUACGGGUGUGAAAGGCAAGAAGGAGCUUCCAGAUUCCAAGCUCAUUGUGGAGAAAUUUCUACUGAGGAGAAAAUUUAUUCCUGACCCCCAAGGCACAAAUGUCAUGUUCUCAUUCUUUGCUCAGCACUUCACCCACCAGUAUUUCAAGACAGAUCACCACAAAGGGCCAGCUUUCACAAAAGGCCUUGGGCAUGGGGUUGAUCUAAGUCAUAUCUAUGGAGAGACUCUGGAUAGGCAGCUGAAACUCAGGUUGCUUAAGGAUGGAAAGCUGAAAUUUCAGAUGAUUGGUGGAGAGAUGUACCCACCCACUGUGAAAGAAACUCAGGCAGAAAUGAUAUAUCCACCUCAUAUUCCUGAGCACCUGCAAUUUUCUGUAGGGCAGGAGGUCUUUGGUUUGGUUCCAGGGCUGAUGAUGUAUGCCACAUUAUGGCUCCGGGAACACAAUCGAGUCUGUGACAUUCUUAAGGGAGAGCACCCAGAAUGGGAUGAUGAACAACUAUUCCAAACUACCAGGCUGAUCUUGAUAGGAGAGACCAUCAAGAUUGUGAUUGAAGACUAUGUACAGCACUUGAGUGGCUACCACUUCAAGCUGAAGUUUGAUCCAGAGCUGCUCUUCAACCAGCGAUUCCAGUAUCAGAACAGAAUAGCAGCAGAGUUCAACACCCUUUACCACUGGCAUCCUCUUCUUCCUGAUACUUUUCAAAUUCAAGACCAAGAGUACACUUACCAGCAAUUCAUCUAUAACAACUCCAUCAUGUUGGAACAUGGCCUUUCCCACAUGGUGCAAUCAUUCUCCAAGCAAAGGGCUGGAAGGGUAGCUGGGGGUAGGAACGUCCCUGCUGCAGUGCAAAAAGUAGCUAAAGCCUCCAUUGAUCAGAGCCGGCAGAUGAGGUACCGAUCCUUGAAUGAGUACCGGAAGCACUUCCUGCUGAAGCCUUUUCAGUCAUUUGAAGAGCUUACAGGAGAAAAAGAAAUGGCUGCAGAACUUGAAGAGCUCUAUGGAGAUAUCGAUGCUAUGGAGCUGUACCCAGCCCUUCUUGUAGAAAAACCACGUCCUGGAGCUAUCUUUGGUGAGACCAUGAUAGAACUCGGGGCACCAUUCUCCUUGAAAGGUCUCAUGGGAAAUGCUAUCUGCUCACCAGAGUACUGGAAACCAAGCACUUUUGGGGGCAAAGUGGGCUUUGACAUAGUGAAGACAGCCUCCAUCCAAAGCCUCAUUUGCAACAACGUGGAAGGCUGUCCUCUUGUGGCUUUCCACGUCAUAAACCCAGAAACAGCAGCAACAAAUAAUAUCAGCACCUCCAGCACAGCAAUAGACGAGAUUGGCCCAGCCGUACUACUAAAAGAGCAGUCUGCUGAACUGUAGAGAAAACUAUUUGCAUAUUUAUUUAUUUAUAUAUCUAUAAUAUUAUUAUUUAUAGUUCAGACAAAACACCAUGGAUGUUUCUGUGCCUUGGCAUCUAACACAGGAUGCCUGACUUAAAGGGAAGUUCUGCUUAGAUUUGCAGGACAGGAUCCCUCGGUUUUUAAGAAUAUCUUCUGUACCAGAAAGCUGUAUUCCAAAAUGGAUAAGGGCAUUAGAUUUGCUGCUUAAACUUGAAUGUAAGCAAUAGCUCUGUCUCAAACUUGACAAGAAAUAUCCUAAAUAUGAACCCAUGCUAGGUGCCAUUAUCUGAGAGCUUGGAAGUGCUCUAAAUCUGUCAUGAAAACUGUCCUUACACUGAAAUAUUUUCAGUAGUAGCUUACCAAUGAAUGGGGAACAAAAAUCAAAGUUAUCUAACCACAGUUAAGCAUUUUUAGUCCUAUUGUACUCAAUAGGAUGCAAAAAUACUUAAUCUGAAAGAGAGCACUGAUGCACAGUUGAAAAAUGGAAAAUUAUUCCUCACUACCUCUCCUGUGUGACACAGCAUAAGGUUUUACAAAUUGGCUAAUCUUCAUUUUCUGCACUUCCCUUGUAUUUCAUAAAUAGUUUCUUCUUAUUCUGGGGGGGGGGACCACAGUAUAUUGUCCCAUGGCUAUAUAAGACAUGACCCAGUGAAACUGUUCACAUCCAAUUCCCAUUGAAAUGUAUAGGAGCUAGUCGUCUCUGCAGAAUGUCAAUUGUUUUUCAAUGACAAGUUUCCUAGGACUUUUUUCCUAGCUCUAGGUAAUCCAUCAAGAUAAUAGGUGACUGGAAGGUGAAACUUUACUCUUGGGGGUUUAAUGCUCCAAACAUAACUUCAUAUUGUAGGGCUCUUUUUUAAUUAAUGAAAGGUAUCUAGAAAGAACCUGUUCUCCAAGUUAUUAGUUUUCAGCUGUAAAGAUUGGGUCCAUAUCAUCUUAAUUGUCUUUGCAGAGGCUCAAACAAGGGUGGACAACCUGUAGCCUUUAGAAUAACACUAAAAUAAUUCUCUUUUAACCAUGCAAUUUGAAAUGGUCACUUUCUGAACCCUAAAGCAAUUUCAGUUGUUAGAAACUAUAUAGAGGAAGUAGUGAGGGUUUUGUGCUUCCUUUUUUAAACUUCCUUUGUAACAUGCAUGGUGCUGAUGACACAUUUCCCACGGGUGAGAAGUGUGAGUUCUAGAUGCCAUAUAGGCUUCGCAACUGUUACUGAAGUCAGUAUGAUUUUACAUAUGGAAUACUACUGUAGGGACCAGAAUCUCUAACAUUGCACUUAAUAUAUACAAAGGUAAUUUCAAAUUUUAGACACUGACACUACAUUUAAUAUUGUUUGUUUUCAAAAAUGUCUAUCCCACCUUUCAAGAUGGCUAACAGAUAUAAUUCCUAAAAUAAACUAAGAUGCACUCAGGUCAAUAGAUUGGAUGUUGUUAGUUUCACACUUUCAAGGCAUUUGAAUGAGAUCAUAAUUUCUCUUAGCAGUCUGGUAACUCAAAAAAUAGAGCCUUAUUCCUCUAUUGUAGGUGUUAAGCAAUAUGAAAGAUUUAAGAAAAAUGUCAUUAAUAGUAAGGUACUGAAACCAGUAUAUUACUGUCCCUCUUGCCUGAAAAGCCAUCUGGUAUUUGUACUUUGGUGAUUGAUGUAAAGAUUCUCUGUAGGCCAAAGAAUUAAAGUGGGAAGAAAUUGUGGGAAAAGAAAGUCUUGGUAUAACCUAAGGAAAUGUGGACAGAGGGCACUAGUCACCAGGGAACUCUUUUGAGAAAGCCCCAUGAGGAGAACAUCUGGUGACAUGUGACCUUUUUGCUCUGAGAAAAUUCCAUUGCAUUCCUUUUGGUUCUUUGACAUAGAUGAAGCAACUUUUAGGUUUGUACUGUUUAUUAUACUCACCACUUCUCUCUUUUAAGUUCCCUUUCUCUUUGACACUAGGAUAGCCCUGUACGUAGUGUUAACUGAACUGCCCCCAAAGAUCUUCCCAUCCUAGUCAGUGUCAUCUCCUCUUUUAUGUCUCUUGUUACUAGAUUGCGAGCCAGUUGUCUGAGCCUGUCAUUUUUUUCAAAAAGUACAUUGCUUGUAAGUGCUCUGUAUAUGUGCUAAUUAGCCAUAGUUCACUGUAAGAUGCCAGUCUGUGGAAUCGCAUCUUCCUCUGCAUUGCGUUCAGUGGACAUGCAUCAAGUGGUCUCAUUUUGUUCCUGUAAUAUUUCCAUUUUUUUAAAGUAAUAUUUAUCUCAGCCUGCUGGCUCUGGUUGGGUAUUUGGAUUAUUGCUGAAUAUGCACGGGACAAAAAUGUUUGCUGUGACCCCAAUCCAGAGAACGUUAGUCACAUUUGUAUGUCUGUUAACUUCAAGGGGAUUUAAGUAAGUUCCCUGGAUUGUGGCCUUAUUUAUUACGAUAUGUGUGUAAUUUUAAAAAUCUAUUUUUACAUUCCAUGUUAGCAGAAUGCUAAGAUUGUUGAAAUAAAUUAUUUAAAGCUAA